CCCGCACCAGCCCUGGGCCCAGGCUGUCUCCCCUCCGCGUCUGGACCCGCGCCGCGCCCCGCGUCGGGCGCCGGCGCUGUCCUCCCGCCUCCUCCUUCUCUAGAAAAAGUCGCCAUUUUGGUUCACUGCCUUCGCCCCCCCGCGGUCGGCGCUUCCGGGCCAGACCUCGGCCCGCGUCCGGCCUCAGGUGACAGAAAUGACUGACCCCUUCUGUGUUGGAGGAGGCCGCCGGCUCCAAGGGUCCAGCAAAAGUAGCCCCGGAAAGGGUAGCAGCCGGAAGGAGGUCCGACUUCCCAUGCUUCAAGACCCACUGAAGUUAGGGAUGCCAGUGGCCCACAGUGGACACACAAUGCCUGGCCAGCCCCCACUCUGCUUUGACACAGGAAGCCCAGCCAGUGACAGGACAGAAGGGAAGAAAAAGGGGAGGCCGAAAGCCGAGAACCAGGCUCUCCGAGAUAUUCCUCUCUCCCUGAUGAACCAGUGGAAAGAUGAAUUCAAGGCACACUCAAGGGUGAAGUGUCCAAACUCAGGGUGCUGGCUAGAAUUUCCCAGCAUCUACGGGCUCAAGUACCAUUAUCAGCGGUGCCAAGGGGUAAGGGACUGUGGGUUGGGGAAGAGGAGGCCUGGGGGUGCGUCUGGGCAGAGGCCCCCGGGGCCCCGUCCCACACCUGCCCUCCCUGCCCAGGGUGCCAUCUCAGAUAGGCUGGCCUUCCCUUGCCCCUUCUGCGAGGCCGCAUUCACCUCCAAGACCCAGCUGGAGAAGCACCGGAUUUGGAAUCACAUGGACCAUCCCCUGCCUGCCCCCAAGCCUGGCCCAGUCAGCCGGCCAGUCACCAUCAACCGGCCUGUUGGGGUCAGCAAGCCCAUUGGAGUGAGCAAACCUGUUACUGUUGGCAAGCCAGUGGGGGUCAGCAAGCCCAUUGGCAUCAGCAAGCCAGUCACAGUCAGCAGGCCUGUGCCGGUCACCAAACCCAUACCAGUCACAAGGCCUGUGCCGGUCACCAAGCCUGUCACAGUCAGUAGACCCAUGCCAGUCACUAGGCCUGUGCCAGUCACCAAGCCCAUCCCAGUCACCAAACACGUGCCAGUCACCAAGCUUGUGACAGUUACAAAACCUGUGCCGGUCACCAAACCAUUACCAGUCAGCAGACCCAUUGUUGUCAGCAAGCCAGUGUCAGUCAACAGGCCUAUUGCCAUCAGCAGACACACACCACCACCCUGCAAAAUGGUGUUGUUGACCAAAUCUGAGAACAAAACACCUCGUGCUGCAGGCAAGAACAGCAGUAAGAAAAGGGCUGCAGACAGCCUGGACACCUGCCCCAUCCUGCCUAAGCAGACAAGGCCAGAGAAUGGCGAGUAUGGCCCAUCUACCAUGGGCCAGAGUGUUACCUUCCAGCUGAGUCCAGACCCCAGCAGCAGUUCCCUGCUCCCAGGCAGCAGGCCCUUGAUGGGGAAGGAGGCACUGCGAUCUGUAGGCCCAGUGUCCCAACCAGAGGAAGACCCCGAGCGCACAAAGCACAGAAGGAAACAGAAAACACCCAAGAAGUUUACAGGGGAGCAGCCGUCCAUCUCAGGGACCUUUGGGCUCAAAGGCCUGGCCAAAGCUGAAGACAAGGCCCGAGUUCACCGCUCCAAGAAGCAAGAGGUGCCAAGCCCCGAGGAAGUGCGGAAGAAGGUGCUGGCCACCCCUGUCACUGUCAGCAAGGAGGCACCAACUUCUAUGGCCCACGCAGCCCCAGGUGGGGGCUACCUAGCAAGACCCAGGACAGGUGGCCCUGAGGAGCAAUGGCAACGAGCCAUCCAUGAACGGGGGGAAGCCGUCUGCCCCACCUGCAACGUGGUUACCCGGAAGACCCUUGUGGGGCUCAAGAAGCACAUGGAAGUAUGUCAUAAGCUACAGGAAGCACUCAAGUGCCAGCACUGUCGGAAACAAUUCAAGUCCAAGGCUGGCCUCAACUACCACACCAUGGCUGAACACAGUGCCAAGCCCACUGAUGCUGAGGCCUCUGAGAGGGGUGAGCAGGAGGAGCGAGAGCGGCUUCGAAAGGUGCUAAAACAGAUGGGACGGCUGCGUUGCCCUCAAGAGGGCUGCGGGGCCGCCUUUUCCAGCCUCAUGGGUUAUCAGUACCAUCAGCGGCGCUGCGGGAAGCCACCCUGUGAGGUGGACAGCCCCUCCUUCCCCUGUGCCCACUGUGGCAAGACUUACCGCUCCAAGGCUGGCCAUGACUACCAUGUGCGUUCAGAGCACACAGCCCCGCCCCCUGAGGAAACCACAGACAAGACCCCUGAGGCUGAGGACCUGCUGGGUGUAGAGCGGACCCCAAGUGGUCGCAUCCGCCGCACAUCGGCCCAGGUUGCCGUAUUCCACCUACAGGAGAUUGCAGAGGACGAGCUGGCCCGUGACUGGACCAAACGGCGCAUGAAGGAUGACCUUGUGCCUGAGACUGCACGGCUCAACUACACUCGGCCAGGCCUCCCUACACUUAACCCCCAGCUGCUGGAGGCAUGGAAGAAUGAAGUCAAGGAGAAGGGCCAUGUGAACUGUCCCAAUGAUUGCUGUGAAGCCAUCUAUUCCAGUGUAUCCGGCCUCAAGGCCCAUCUUGCCAGCUGCAGCAAGGGGGACCACCUGGUAGGGAAGUACCACUGCCUGCUAUGCCCCAAAGAGUUCAGCUCUGAGAGUGGUGUCAAGUACCACAUCCUCAAGACCCAUGCGGAGAAUUGGUUCCGGACCUCAGCAGAUCCACCUCCCAAACACAGGAGCCAGGACUCCUUGAUGCCUAGGAGAGAGAAGAAGAAAACUCUGGCAGGAGGAAAGAAGCGGGGCCGCAAGCCCAAGGAAAGGUCCCUUGAGGAGCCAACAUCCAAACUGCCCCCUCGCAGGGAUGAUUGGCCCCCAGGAGGCAGAGACAGGGGGCCCCGAGGCACCACUGGUAGGAAGGCUGGAGCUGGGAAGGCAUCUGAAAAGUGAGCCUGGUGGUCAGGGCCCAGCCCCCAUACCAGCCACCAUGCCCACAUUGUCUAAGUUAAGGGAGCCAGUUCCAGAGUGUCCUCCAUCCCCCACCCCCAUCCAUCUGUCCAGAGGGGGUGGCAAGCCACUCUACCCUCCCUGAAAGUGGCCCUUCCCCUGUUUAGGCUGUCUCAACAUGGCUAGGCUGGGCUCCCCAGAAGUGCCAGGGGCAGCAGCAAAAGUGCAAUAGACUGGGGGACCCAGCCUUCCCCAUAAGGACAUUCAUAGGCCUGGCAGGAUCUGGGGCUUUGGCACCAUCAGGGGAUACAGUGCUUGAGCAGUCAAAUGGCCCCUGUUUCCACCUCCCUCUGGCUCAGCAGGGUCCCAAUCCUGGCUUCCUCAAGGCUUUGGCAUUCCUAGUGACCCAUAUUGCUGGGCUAAUAAGGCACCUGAAUAACCUGGCUGCUACCACCUGGGCCUCACUUCCACUCAACACUGGAACUCCAGUACUCCCAGCUACCUCCCAGGACAGACCCCGUCCAGCUACUGCCAUCCUGCCCUAAUAGCUGCCUACCCAUAUGCCCUCCUUCACCCACCUCUGGUCCUUCUGCUUCUGUUUUCUACCUCUCUGGGCCUGCUCCUUCCUCUGUCAUCCCUGCUGUGCUUCAGGUCUCACCCCACUGGCUACUGUGGUCAUGGUGGAGAAUGCAUCCUUCCUGGCAAGGAACUCUGCUGGCUGUACCUGCAGGGAUGCCCACAUCCAUAGCUGCCAGCCUGGGAGGCGAGGGGCUAGUAUGCUCCUCCUUUGGCUUCUGAUCCUGUGGUUGGCAUCCUGAAGGUGGAGGAGAUCUCGCUGAGGCCAUGGCCAUGUGGAGGCAGGGGCCGAUCAGAUCAGAAGGAGCCCAGUUCAGAAUUAGUGCCUAUGGGAGACAGUUUAUGUCUGCUAUGCCAGGCUGGCCCAGAAGCUGAGCUCUGUGGAAGCCCUCCUUCCUCUAAUUUACCUGUCCUGUGUAUCUAAUGGCAGCAGAGUCAUUUGCUACAGGAACUGAAGGCUUGUGUGGGGUGGGGCCUCAGCCAGUGUAGCAGCUCCAGGCUGGGCCUAUCCCCUCUGCACCCCUGAGGAUAGGAGGGUCUGAAGGUUGGGCAGCGUCAGGAAGGGAACCCUGCAUGCUUGGAGGAGGUGGCCACAUCUGGUGGCCUCCUUCCUGGCCCUACUUCCAACCCUUGAGAGCCACACCAGGAGGAGAAGGCUGGAGAGAGUUGGACCAGGUUUUUUCCAAUGGGGGUUGAGGUGGAUGGAGGCUUCAGCCUCUGAUCCUGGACGAUGUGAAUUUUGAUAUUGCCUGUGUGAGCGUCUCCUGGGUAUUGUCGAUGCCAGUCUUGUUGCUGUGACAAGUAACAACCUUUUUUAAAAUUCUGUUUUUUAUACAAAACUCAACAAUCUGACAUUUGGUGCUAAGGGUUUCCUGGUGCAGAAGGUGGAGCUGGGCUAUAGUGCUGACUGGCACCCCUUCUCCCCCCAGAGAGGAGGAGUUGCAAGGGAGACCAGCUCCGGGGAGAUUUGUUACACUCCUAUGUAGGAGGGCUCUAACUCUGCUGGUGUGCUGGGGGUGUUGAGUGGACUCCUAAACUCCUACAUACUUUGACCUGUUCAGAGGGUAGCUCCAGAGGUGGGUAUGAUCCAGUGUAAAGAUCAAAGGGUAGGCUGGAGCUUUAGGGCAAUGGUAUGGGGCUGGGGAGGGAAAGGGGGUCUAAGUGCACUUUGCACAACAGGGUGUGACCACCACCCCAGCCUCUCAGGUACUUGGCACUUGUGGGGUGAAGUAGCGCCUGGGUUUGCUGGGGGUAAGUUUCUAGGACACACCUCAAAGCCCACAUGUAGGCCCUGAUGUGGGACUCGGGGGUUCGGGUAAUUUGAUGUUUAGCACUUUAACUCCUUUGUCUUUGAGGUGGGUAUGGGGGCAGUUGUCAGAAGUGGCACUUGGGUGGGACCCCCUCCCUGUUACAAUGGCUCAUAAAGGGGCAAGCUAGGCUGCAGAGCCCUCUUCCAAAUGGCAGGGCUCAGAAGAGUCUGCCCACCUCCCCAAAGGUGACCACCAUCCUGCACAGAUCUUCAGAGGGUCCAACAUGGCAGAGCUCCAGGAGGUGGUGGGUAUGGACCCGGAAGACCCAAGCCCUGGGUCUUUAGCAAAAUGCAAAAGUCAGGGUCUCUGCAGAUCUACCUCUGGCUCAAUGCUUGCCCUGCCCUGAAUAUGGGGAAGUGCCAAGGAUGGACACUUCAUUGAAGAACCAGGGUGCACUUUAUGCUCUGGCACCGGCAGAUAUGGGUGCCUCCUGGGGGCCCUCGGGCCUUCCUGUCCCUCUGUUGGUCUCUGAAGUGAGAACCGGAAAGGGAGGGCUGUUCCUCUGUGCCACUGCUGGAUGGGACCCAGGCUCUGCUCCUUGUCCCAGAGACCUGGUUUCCCCUCACCUGUUCUUCCUGACUUCACCACCUCCUAAACUUUGGGUUGUACGGUUUGGUCUUAACGCAGUUCUCAUUACACAAGUGCAUUUCCGGCUAUCACUUGUAACCAUAGAUAUACACAUAUUCUAUCCAAAAAGUGUUUUAUUUGCAAGAUGUUUUAAGGUGAGCUUGGGUCCUGCCCGCCUUGUGGUCACAUAUGUCCCCAUCCUCAUCCCCGCCUAGCCCCGAAUGGCGCGGGGUGGGCCAUCAAUUGUAUGUAUUAAAAAUGACUGUAUCAAAUAAAUGUUUAUUGAUUUUUUUUCCA